AUGAAAGGCCGCAACGCUGCGGCAUCUGCGGCGGAGAGCCAGCACUUCAUGCUGGUGCUUCGGGCGACCGCGUCCGCGAUAUCGUGCGCCGGCAUCGCAACCCUGCAGGCUCGACAGCUGCUCAUAACGCAGACAGCCGCUCCGCUUGGGGACGCUGCGGUGGUGCAAGCCACGAGCGGCCUUGCAACUGCCUAUUCCCUCGGCAGCGUAGCGGAGUUUUUCCUGAGCCCCGUCUUCGGGAAGAUGUCUGACCGCUUUGGCCGAAAGCCGAUCCUGCUCUUCUUCAUGAUCGGUCCGGCCAUCAUGCGCACGCUGUGCGCGCUGGUGGAGCAGCCCGUGGCCAGGAUACGGCUGCUGUGGCUGGACUUCGCGUCAGCGAGAGCCAUUGGUAUUCAGCCCUUCCUGGGUAUGUGUGGCACAAUGAUUACUGACGCAUUUUCUGUUGAUGCGCAGCCUGCGGAGAGGGCUCGACUGGCUGCUUCGACGGCCUUUGGCAACAUCAUCGGGAACUAUGCGUCUGGCUGGUGGAACUCGCGAGCCGGCCCAAGGUCAACUUAUCUCUACACGGCAGCUGCGCCAUUGUUUUCCCUUCUCUUCGCUGCAGCUUUCUUGCCUGAAACGAAUCCAGAGAUCAAAGACGGUUGGCCUUCCAAGCAGAAUGGACAAAGCUCUGAAGGAGCUGUUGCCAAAUCUGGAAAGAAGAGUGCUUACGCCACUUUACUGCUGGAUCCGGAGUGUUUCCUAAUCGGUGGCGCGCUCGGACUGUACGAGUUCUUGAACUACGCUCCCAUGAACUCCGUUGCCAUUCUCUUCAUGAAGGAGCGUCAUAACUGGGGGCCGCUGGAAGCAGGGCGAUUUGCUUCUGGCCAUGCCCUGGCGGGUUUUUGUGGAAACAUGCUGGCGGGCAGACUUCUUCAGUUCUUGGGAAAGCGACUGUACGUCACAGUUACAAACCUCCUGACAAGUGUUGCCUACAUCACCUGGGCCGUCUCGAAAACUGGUCCGGGCCUUGUUUCGUGCCUUCUGCCAUUGACUUUUGGCGGGACAGGUGGAGCAACUGUGCUGGUGACCCGCUUCAUGCAAAGAGCUGUGCAGCUGGGGUUGUCACCAGGUGAAGCCAUGGGCGUCCGAUCCGCCAUCGGGGCGGUGGCGCGGAUGGCUGCGCCGCAGCUUUUCACUCGCCUUUGGCUGCGGGCCAUGGCGCAGAAGGGUCAGCCUCGGGCUCUGCCGCUGGGCGCUCCAAUGCUUGCCGUGGCUGCGAUUGCUUUGAUCCAGGAGCUCCUGCACCAGAGCUCAUUGCUGGUGCGAUCCAGCUGA